UAGGUCUACAUGUGUGUGUCGUUGGCAUGCGUAAAUUAAGUAGGAGUUGGCCUGUCGUAUCAUAUUCUGCCUGAUUUGUGUCAACGUACCAUUUUUAUAUUUUUCCUACAGGUGUGUUUUCGUUGGAGAAUGGCGUCCAGAAUCGCUUUGAUAACUGGCUGCUCCUCCGGUAUCGGGAUGGAAACGGCUCUACGACUCGCUCAACGAUCGAAAGAUCCUAUCACCGUCUACGCAACGAUGAGGAAGAUGACAUCGCGUGAUGACAUCGACCUCCGAGCCGGCGAUAGUCUGGAUAAGACCCUGUUUGUUCGAAGGUUAGAUGUGACGAAAGAAGACACGAUCGUUGAUGUUGUAUCACAUAUCAAAUCACUACAUGGCAGGUUAGAUAUACUAGUAAACAACGCUGGGAUAGCGGGGCCUUGUAUACUGGAAGCAACAGACCUAAACAUUUUCAGGAAAAUGUUCGAAACCAACUUCUUCGGCGCUGUUCGCUUGACACAGGAAGUACUUCCCAUUAUGAAGAAACAGAGGUCAGGCAGAAUCGUCAAUAUUAGCUCAAUUGCUGGGUUUGCAGGUUUUCCAUUCUAUGAACUGUACGGGUCUUCUAAAUUUGCCUUAGAGGGUUUUACAGAAAGCUUGGCAAUGAUCUGUAGACGAUUCAAUAUAUGGGUUACGUCGGUCCAACCGGGUCCGGUUUUAACCAAAGUAGAACAUAAUCCGGAUAUAUCCGAUGACCUAUUAGCACAGAUAGGAAAUGAGGAAGUGGAUGAAGAAACUAGGAAUGUCUUCCGGGAUCGCAUCGAGCUGAGAAAAAGAACCCUACAGGACAUCGCCCAGCCGGUUGACGAGGUCGUCGACCUUAUCGAGGGCAUCAUCGACGACGAGAAGCCCCUCCUGCGGUACCAGACGAGUGAGUCUUGGAGAGAGAUGGCGAGAAUUCGAGCGCAAGACCCCACCGGUGACGCAUGGAUCGAGUCAUGUCUAAAUCCCAACACUUACCAUUUACAUAAUGAUAGGGAUAAAUAGCACAUCAAAGUGGAAUUCAGAAAAUGUGAAAAUAUACCAACUCAUGUGCCCUUCGUUAGCCUGCGGAAUAACACGAUUCGAUCUUCCAUAUCGAAGUAUUUUAAUCUCAUUAUGCAAAACGUUUACCUCCUCUAAGUCGAAUUUAUCCUCAGUCAAACAGUUUUAUGUGGUCCCGAAAAUUCGGCUGUUACAUGUGUAAGGCCAAUUAGUUCUUAGUUUUAGUGUGUGACGUCAUAUGUGAGCAGCUCCCCAUAAAUUAAAGGAAACCAAACCCAAGAAGAUAAGCGAUCUUAUUGAUAAGAGUAAAAUGAGAGGAACAA